CCGCGCCCGCGGCCGCGCGGGGCCGCCCGCCCGCCCGCCGCGCCGGAGCCCGCGGCGCGCCGCCCAUGCGAGACCCCCGCGGCCCGGGCAGCGCGCAGCGUCCCCCGGCCGGGCCAGGCAUGUGAAGAUGUCAGUGGGCUGUGCAUGCCCUGGCUGUUCCUCUAAGUCGUUCAAGCUGUACUCGCCAAAGGAGCCCCCGAACGGCAACGCCUUUCCCCCCUUCCACCCGGGCACCAUGCUGGAUCGAGAUGUGGGACCUACUCCCAUGUACCCACCCACGUACCUGGAGCCUGGAAUCGGGAGGCACACACCGUACGGGAACCAGACCGACUACAGGAUAUUCGAGCUCAACAAGCGGCUGCAGAACUGGACAGAGGAAUGUGACAAUCUGUGGUGGGACGCUUUCACCACGGAGUUCUUCGAGGAUGACGCCAUGUUAACAAUCACUUUCUGCUUGGAGGAUGGACCAAAGAGAUACACGAUUGGCCGGACUCUGAUUCCCCGUUACUUCCGCAGCAUCUUUGAAGGGGGGGCCACAGAGCUCUACUACGUGCUCAAGCACCCUAAGGAGUCGUUCCACAACAACUUUGUCUCGCUGGACUGCGACCAGUGCACCAUGGUGACCCAGCAUGGCAAGCCCAUGUUCACCCAGGUGUGCGUGGAGGGGCGGCUCUACUUGGAGUUCAUGUUUGACGACAUGAUGAGGAUAAAGACGUGGCAUUUCAGCAUCCGCCAGCAUCGAGAGCUCAUCCCCCGCAGCAUCCUUGCCAUGCAUGCACAGGACCCCCAGAUGCUGGACCAGUUAUCCAAGAACAUCACCCGCUGUGGGCUCUCAAACUCCACACUCAACUACCUCCGACUCUGUGUAAUCCUAGAACCAAUGCAGGAGCUCAUGUCACGGCACAAGACCUACAGCCUCAGUCCCCGGGACUGCCUCAAAACUUGCCUCUUCCAGAAGUGGCAGCGGAUGGUCGCUCCGCCUGCGGAGCCAGCACGGCAGCAGCCCAGCAAGCGCCGGAAAAGGAAGAUGUCGGGGGGCAGCACCAUGAGCUCUGGCGGGGGAAACACCAACAACAGCAACAGCAAGAAGAAGAGCCCGGCCAGCACCUUUGCCCUGUCCAGUCAGGUACCUGAUGUGAUGGUGGUAGGUGAGCCCACGCUGAUGGGGGGGGAGUUUGGGGACGAGGACGAGCGGCUCAUCACCCGGCUGGAGAACACGCAGUUCGACGCCGCCAACGGCAUCGACGACGAGGACAGCUUCAACAACUCGCCGGCGCUGGGGGCCAACAGCCCCUGGAACAGCAAACCGCCCUCCAGCCAGGAGAGCAAGUCAGAGAACCCCACGUCGCAGGCGUCGCAGUAACGGCCCGGCGACCGCCCCGUGGACUCAGUCCAAACCGAUCUACCUGUACAUUUGCAAAGGAGAGUGACUGGGAAGCGGCGAGGUACCGGGGGCGGAUCGGCGCCAUCGGCCGGCUGGAUGCACGGCCCCAGGCGCCUGCGGCAUGGGCAGCCCCCAGCCCUUUCCCCCCGCCUCCUCCCUGCUCCCCCCACGCCUGCCUUCCCACCAGACCCCGUCCCCAGGGCAGGGGUGGGUUUCCGGGGCCGUAGCUUCAUUAUACCCCCUUCUCCCUCUUCCUCCCCGCUUCUUCCCUGGAGAGUUUCCUGAUCCCUCCCUGGUGCGCUUGGCCCCUGCCUGCUGAGCGGGGGGAAUUAGGAGAGGGGAGUCUAGCAGCUGGCGUGACCGGGAGGCCGGCGGUGCGCAGACGCCUGGCGUUGGGGUCCGGCACAGCACAGAGACCCUCCUCUUUCUCCCAGGGUCAUACCCCGGGUGUUGCUGUGCGGCCACUUGUAACGUGCUCGUGCAUCUCCCGUCUGGUGGGGGCUGGCGAAGGAAAGCCUUCCCCGUGCUGCCGGCCCGGAGACCGAGCCUCCCCCAGCCGGCCGCCCCCGGGGCGCAUCUGCUGCGCUGGGGGUGGUGGCGAGGACGGUCCCCAACGCGUUUCCCUGCUCUCCUGCCCCCUCGCUCCCCUUCCCCUCGCUCCCCAGGGCGAGGGCACCGCAGGGCCGAGCGGGGACUGUGUAUAUAGAAACUGCGUGCGGGGACAGGGAGCCCGGCGGCCCCAGGGUCCGCAUGCCCACGAGACGGACGGAGGCCGCGGCUCUGCUGGGCGGCCGGUGCCCUCGCCCCGUGCCGGGGCUCUGUGCGUUUCCGCUCGCUCCACGUGUGUCCGCCCGGGGCCCCUUUGCAACCCCAGGCUCCCGGUACCUCCUACUUUUGUCUUUUUUAAAAAAAUAAUAUUAUUAAAAUUGUAAGUUUAAAAAAAAAAAUGGGAAAAGACCCCCCCACACACACCCUGCCAAUUCCUCCCUCCCCGAGCGCUCUCACCCUGUCCUGACUUUUGUACAGGCUUCUUCUCUUGGGAGUCUCGUUUUAUAUCCAGUUCGGAGAGCUUCAAACCAAGGAGAGACUUUGCAGACUUCCUUUCUAAUCCCUCCAGGGGGCGGGGGGCAGCCCCCCGCCUCCGUCCUCAAUGUAAAUCUUGUGUGCUGUUGUCCCUACUCCCCACCCCUCGGGUUCGUGUACCUCGUGCUUGUACAUUUCCGCGCUGUAGGCAGUGUGUACGAUACUGUUCUUUCAAUGUGUUAUCACUAGAGCAGGUGCCUCCAUUGAUGUUAGGGGAAACAACGAGAAUAAUAAUAAUUUUUUGGGUUUUUUUGGUUUAAAAAGAGGAAAAAAAAAUUCCUUCCAAGGCUUCUUCCGAGGAGAAGGUGCUGGGGGAGGCCAGCUCGCCCCAGCAGCCUCCGCGGGGCGCUGGGUGGGGGGAGCUGGGGUCCAGGCUCCCCUCGUCCAUCCCCACUCCCGGGCAUGGCCCUGGGGGGGUGCUGCCGCGGGGGGGGGGCGGGGUUCCCUGGGCAGGGCGGGCUGGUGUGCGUGUGUGUGUGCGAGAGGCUUGUGUGUGUGUACGUGCGUGUGUGCACAUGUGCGGAGGAGCCCUGCGGCUCGGGGCAGAGGGGGGGUGCAUGCCCUGCUCUCUCCACCAGGCCCCCCCCCCCCAAACUCCAUGGGCCAUAGCCCCAUCCCUGCAGGGAUGUCCCCUGGGGGGACCCAACGCCGGCGUGGGGGGCUCUGGGUGCAGCAGGCUGCCUCCCGCCUGCUGCCUCUCGCCCCACUGGGGCUGAGACUGCGGCAGGUGGUCGAGCCGGGAGGCAACGAGAGCCCCCCCCGUCUGCUGUCCCAGCUUGGUGCCUGGGCUGGGCUGGGCUGGGCUGGGGGGCAGCGUGGUGGGCAGGGGGCCCCGCUUUGCAGUUAAGGUACGAUUCUCGCCACCGCCUUGCUCGGGCUCCUGCGGAGCGGCGACGUGCCCCUCGCUGCCCCCCCAGGGCACACUGUAAUGCCUUUUUCUUUCCUUCUUUUUUUUUCCUUUUUUUUUUGUUUUCUUUUUCCCUCCAUAGUUUGUGCCAUUUAUGAGUCAUGUAUGGUACCAAUAAAACGACUUUUCGGUUU